AAAAAUUGUAUAGUCACCUCAGGAGUCACUAGAUUGUUGCCAACAUCCCAUGACACGGUUCUCAACCUUUUUUCAGUCAAGGCACCCUUUAAAAUUAUGGACAGUCCUGAGGCACCCUUUAAAAUUAUGGACAGUCCCGAGGCACCCUUUAUAUUAUGGACAGUCCCAAGGCAUCCUUUAAAAUUAUGGACAGUCCCAAGGCACCCCAUUCUAAAAUGGGGGCCUCUAGACUGUCCAUAAUUUUAAACUGUCACCCCAUUCUAAAAUGUGA